AUGAUUAGAGACUUGAAGAGCCGAUUCGAGGGCUCAAAACCAGCGUUUGUAAACGAUAAAAACUCAAUUUUCCAAGAUGUUAGAAUUUUUUCGAAGGUUCCAAUCAACUCGAAGAAAUGUGCCAAAGUCUUGACGAAGAUUUUGAGCAUGCUGUCAUGCGGAAACGAAAAGUUGUCAGAAACAGAAUCGACAGAGAUAUUUUUUGGAGUAACAAGACUCUUUGAAGCAGACGAUGAAAGAUUGAGGAGACUAAUAUAUCUGUUGAUCAAGUUGUUGCCAGUUAACGAGACUGAAAUCUUCAUAGUAACGAGUUCGUUAACGAAGGACAUGAAUAGCCAAAACUACGUUUAUAGAGCUAACGCAAUAAGGUCCAUUUGUUAUAUCAUGAAAGGAGCAGUUUCACCCCAAAUUGAACGAUAUUUAAAGUCAUCGCUGGUGGAUAAGCAGCCCUAUGUUUCAUCAUCAACUUUGCUCUGCUCGAUAGGAAUGUCGCUUCGAAACUCAGAAAUGCUCAAGCGCUGGUUUUCAGAAAUUACAACAUGCCUUUCAAACAAAAGCGAAAUGGUGCGUUUCCACGCCACAAUACUCCUGUUCAUACUCAGGUAUAAUGAUAAGCAGUCGAUAAGGAAGUUGGUGAAAAUGUUGGAAGAUGAUGGAGAACACGUUAUAUGUUUCAUAAUAAGAUUUACAGUUUAUAAUUCGUCAUUUGCAGAAGCAAAACCUCUGCUUCUUAAGUAUUUAUCACACACAUCACCAUUGGUAAAACUUGAAGCCGUUAAAGGCACUAUAUACCUUUUGUCAACAACUUUUGUAUCUAAGGGUGGAAAUGUCAAGAAUGGAACAAAACACUCUAAUGGCCCAGAUGAAAGAGGAAAGGGCCAAAUAGAAAAUAAUUCAAAUGACUAUUAUGAACAUAACGAUAUCAUAAAUAGAGUAUUUGAGGUGUUAAUACAUUUUUUAACGGUAGGAGACGUGUACACGUUCGCCUCAAUGAGACAAAUUUCCAAAUUGGCACAAAUAAUGCCAGAGAAAAUACAUUCAGCCAACAAACAACUUGAGUCAUUCAUCACAUGCGGUAAUAGAACACUAUGUUCUUUGGCAUUGUUGACCCUAUUGCAGACAGGAAGUUCUGACACUGUGGAGAGUCUGUUAACCCAGGCAUCAACAUUAUCAGGUGACUUUAAGCUGGAAGUCACAAGAGCUAUUAAACGACUUUGCAUCUCACACCCAGACAAGUUCAGACAUGUUCUCAAUUUCCUGGCCGUCAAUUUUAGGCAGGAGACAGCCUACGCCCCGAAGGCUGAGAUGGUCGAAGCAACAAUCCACAUCGUCUCAGAAAUCCCGAAAGCACGCACAUUGGGAAUUUCUAACCUCUGCGAGUUCAUCGAAGACUGCGAAUACCCUGAAAUUAACUGUAGAAUUAUAAAGUUUCUUGGAGAAAACAUACCAAACACAUCUAAUCCAACCGAAUACAUUCGUUUCAUAUACAAUAGGUUGAUGUUGGAGAACCCACUGGUAAGGAGUGCAAGCAUUGAUGCGCUUGAAAACAUAGCGAAAGCGUUGCCAGAGCUACGAACGUGUAUACUAUUCAUAAUAAAAUCGACAAAUUCACUAUGUAAUUUUCAACUCAACUCUGAUAUAAACAUGUCACAAUAUUACAUAAGUAGUCUGGAGAACGGUAUUGGUUCUAUGGAUUGUUUGGACAUGGAUGGUUUUGGUGGGAAAUUAAAUGAUCAAUCAAAUGGUUUAUUUGCAACCAACGGUGACUAUAAAGCUGAACUAUCUGAGUUGAUGGAGAUAUAUGACAGACUAGGAGAGGAAAAAGUAAAUCUUUCCAAGCUGUUAAAUAAGCUAAAUGAUAGAAUAAAUGGAGUUGAUGAAUCUGAGCAAUUAGACUCAUUUGAUAGCUACAUGCUAGAAAAGAUGUCAAGUGGCAGUAGCACGGAACGCACAACGGAAAGCUUUACUGAAAUGCAAAUGGAUCUCCCAGUAAAGAGUACUUUAGGUUUACCACCUGAUAUCAUGGAUAUAGCUGUCACUGAGUUACAUCCUACUGUAAAUUUAAGACUAACUGAAGAGGAGGAAGACUAUAACGUAAUGGCAAAGUUAUUUGUAAACUCAAAUCAUCUGGUUAUUGGAUUUAAUGUAGAAAAUACUCUAAAUAAUCAAUCACUUGAAAACGUGUCAAUAACUCUUAACACGACAGACUGUCAAAACUCAGAAACUUAUACAAUUGUACACUCCACUACAAUAGAGCAACUUUCCUCUAACGAAUCUGAUAUGCUGUAUACAGUGUUGAGGAACAAUUCACCGGGUAACGAGUAUAAUAGUCUUCUAAUGGGAAAUGUACAAGUAAAUUUAAAAUAUAAAGUAGUUUGUCCCACGGAAGUAUACGAGGAUUCACUCAACAUCAACAAUCUACACCUCAACUUUUCUAGCUACAUGUGUAAAUGGAAUUUGACGGAGAAUGAAUUCAGCUCACUAUGGGAAAAUUUAGAUGAACACGAGGAAGUCGGGACAUAUAACUUACAGUUUAAGAAACUACAAGACUCUGUAGAUGAAGUGGUAAAGUAUAUAGGAAUGGGUGUGGCCAUGGAAAAAAAUGUAAAUAAGAUAACAUGGAUAAAUCUUGCCGGAAAGUUUCUAGGAAAAUAUGAAGUGUUGGCAAAGGCCUCGUUUGCACAGCCAAACCCGUCGACCUGUAUGUUGAAGCUACAAGUCAGGUCAGACAAUCUCGUCGUUUCAAGAUUAUUACUAUCACAACUUGAGUAG